AUGAAUCCUAGGACAGUUCACAGUGAGAUGCAGGACUUGGCAAAAUUGAAUCAGGGCUUUAUAAAUUCUGAAGAUCGCCGCUUCCUUCGGGAAUCAGUAGCGAGUAUGGAAAAUUCCAUGUCUCCCACUUCAAGCCAUACAGGUGCAGGUGAGAUGGUCAGGGAGUCAGAUAAGCUCCUCAAAGAGGCUGGGAACAAAGAGAAUGAUUUGGAAACUGAUGCAGAGGAGGUCAUUGAACCAGACCAAGAUGAUCACCAAGAGAUGGUAGACCAAAACUUGCAGCUAACAGAUGAGAUGACGAAGCAGGCCAAUGAAAAGAAUAGGGAGGCCUUUGAUGUCCUGUCUAAAGGUGAACUUCAGAAAGCAAUUGACUUGUUCUCAGAUGCCAUCAAACUGAAUCCAUACCUUGUCAACUCGUAUACUAACAGAGCCAAUGUCUUUGUGCAUCUGCAGAAACCAAACGCUGCCAUUAGUGACUGUAACAGAGCCAUAGAGCUCAACCCUAACUUAGCACAGCCCUACAAGGUGCGAGGAAAAGCACUCCAGCUCCUGGGGCUCUUGGAAGAAGCAGCUUGUGACCUGGCCUUGGCUUGCAAACUGGGUUAUGAUGAAGAUGCCAGUAAUGUGGUAAAGGAAGUGCAGGUGAGAACCCAGAAGAACUCUGAACACAAAACAAAGAAUGAGCAAAAAUGUAAGCACAGGGAGACACUGGAGAGAGUGAAAAGGGCUCUGGCAAAAGGAAGAGCUGAUAAG